GGACAGCGACAGUUGAUAGUGUUUUGUUUGACGGCGUGUGUUUACUAAUAUUAGAAAGUGAUGCGUGAAGUUUUCUCAUGCACUUAAUUGUAAAAGAAGAAGACGAGAACAAUGAAACGCGUGGUACAGGGUCAGGAUAAAAGUGCAAAGAUUAUUAAAGAAGAUCGGGAGGACAGUGAUGGAGAAGAGAUGGAACACGAGUCCGGAGAGACGGACAAGUCUAGCUCCACCAGCGAGACGAGUGAUGCGGCCACUGACACAGAUGACAGUUCAGAAAUGGAUGAAGAAGAGUGUGAAAGAAGACGAACUGAAUGCAUGGAAAACUUAGUAGAUCUUGAGAGGCAGUUUAGUCUCCUUCGUGAACAGCUGUACCGCGAGCGCGUCACGCAGGUGGACACGAAGCUGUCGGAGGUGCGCAGCGGACGCGCCCAGGAGUACCUGCAGCCGCUGGAACAGCUGCAGCAGAACAUGCGUGUGCGCACCGAGGUGGCGGGCAUCCUGCGUGAGCUGCGCCUCGCCAACAUCCAGAACAAGUUCGACGCCGAGGAGCUCGCCGCACAGCAGAACCUCGAGAGUGAGAAGUCACUCCUCUGGGACUCGAUCCAGAGUGACCUGGAGGAAAAAAUCCGUCGCCUAGAGGAAGACCGGAACAAUGUCGACAUCACUGCCGACUUGUGGCUCGUGGAGCAGUCGGCAUCAGCUGGUGGACUUACUGGCAGCGGUCGCAGUGGGUCGGGCAGUCGCCGGCACGGUUCGAGUGCCGGUGCCGACUGCGUGGGGGCUGGUGGGUGUGGCAACGGUGCGGGAGGUAGUGGCGGCAGUGGCUCAGGGUCGAGGCGGAAACCUGUGUCCGUGUCGGGUCCGUACGUCGUGUACAUGCUGCGAGACACGGACAUCCUGGAAGACUGGACGGCGAUCAAGAAGGCCCUCUCCGUGUCCAAAAGAAAGUCUGAAUUAUACAUCUGACAAAAGUGACGCAUGUCACUGUGUGUGGGUGUGCCUUACGCUGCCAGCUGCACCUAUGUUCUCGGCGGUCUGCGCCGACCGAGUGCUUUGCUCGUUUCUGGCCUCUUGCAAGUUACUGGAGGCUUUACUGACACUGUGCUCGUGCUGGCUGCUCAUACACUGAGGAAGUGUCCUCGGAGAAAUGCGAGAGUACAGUGUGGUUGCAGUUUCUCAAAAUGACAGUGUUCCGGUGCAGCUUUGCAUUCUGUGCUCUGCUCAGUCUUCUUCGCUGUUCUGUCACUCGUCCUCCCAGUGCCUGUGUGCAGAACAGUAUGACAGUUUCUGGACUUUUACAUUUGUUACUUGUGACUUGCUGGAAAUGAAAUCCAGUGCUGGGAUAAAAGUACUAUUCUCCCAAUGAGGCUGUUAAGAAUGCAGGCCUGCCGGAAACACAAUCACAGUGGCUGUUGCUAGAAUUUUGUCAAAACAGAGACUAAUGCGAUAGUAUGAAGAAUGCAGUUAAUGAAAAGAAUAACAAUUGUAUUGCCCCUUCAUUGGAAUAUUCACACUCCCCCCCACUCUUGACGAGGAAUAUUAAAUAAAACAUUAUACUUCUUGUUGUAAUUUACGACACAAAUAGUAUAUUGAAACAAUAUUAUAAUUCCUCACAUUAAGAUUUCCUUACACACCAAAAUAGAAUUGGAUACAGCUCUUUAAAAAUCACAACAGACCCUGUUUUCCUUCCAGCUGUCCCCAUAACUCAGUAUUCCUUUUUCUUUCUCUUCGUCUUGACCAACUGAUCUUCUCUUUCUCUGUGUCCACCCUAGUAAUGUGGGAAGUUAUGUGUCAUCCUUGUAUAGUAAUACUGCCACAUUACUGAAAACAGCAGGCAUUCCACUGCCCUAGGGCCAGGUCACUGUUCGGAUCAGAGUUUGCCUUAUUUUGAGCGUAUUGGACAUAGAGGAGAUUGAAACAAUCACACUAUAAAAUUGUUACUUCUCAAACAAUGAGUAAUUAUUAAAAAUUGGGAAGUAUGAAACUCAGACCUGCAAGUUUUUCUUCUUCAUAUAUAACUGACAAUGGGCCUUACAGAUGAGCACUCUUUGAUUUUUUUCGUACCCAUAGAACUUGAAGGUCAGUGCACAGACAUCAAUUUCGUAAAACAGUGUGAUGCCAUUAUCAAAAAUACUCAAAAAAACUUUGUUUGAAAAUUUGGAGAUUCCAAAUGUUAAUCAACAAAUAUCAAGACAAUCUUACUUUUUAUCAAAAUAAAUUUUAAUUUUUACAUACUAAUUGCUUGAAAAAAUGAGUGUUCAUAAUAAGUUUAAUAUUUUUAGUAAUAUAUUUUUUUAAUAACUGGACUGAUGAUACGAAACAAUUUAUUGAUCACCAAUUACAUUAUGAAGUUUAUCGCCAUCAAUGUACUUUCCUAGUGGAUUGCUAGAAUGCACCAUACAAAUUUUCCAUUGUUCAAAGCUGUGCUGCAAGUCCGCUUGUGUCAGUGUGUUGAAAACUUCCAUCGCUUUUUCUUUCACUGCUUCUACACUUGUCGCCGUAAGCACGCAUUUGACCUUCGGAAAUCAAAAAAUGUCACAGAGGGCCAGGUUGAGCAAAUGCAGUGGGUGGUCACAAAGAAUGCUGUCACAGACAAAGGCAGAAUGGGCUGGCGCAUUGACAUCUUGAAACACCCAGGACUCGCUGUUUCACAAAUUGGAUCCUCGUCUCCUCACUCUUUCCGUUCAUGUAUGGUGGUCAGAACCUCAGUGUAUUGAUUGACUGUCUGGCAUUCGGGGAUCCAGUGGGGGAGGGGGUGGGGGAGGGAAUCACAUCAUGACUUUGAAGUUUGAUUUGCUCGUCUUCCCUUAUUUUGACACAGUGAAACUGGGCCCUUCCAAUGCAUGGACUGGCACUGUUUCAGGACUGUAGGACAAAUUUUCAUUCUCAAUUAAAAAAAAGACUUACACGUUCUCUGUUAAUUCCUUUGAUUUCAAUAAGAGCUCGGACACUCAGAUUAUGAUUUUCUCAACCGUGUCACAGUUUUUAUGUUGUUGUGCACUUUUGAUAUUGAAGGUCAUCCUGGAAUGGAUCAUAUCGGGUCAUUUCACUUAGCUCCUUAAAUCUUUUGAACCACUCAAAAUGUGUUUGUGAUAAAAUUCACUUCAAUAUACUUUCUUUAGCAUGACAGAUCUCCUUCCCCAGUUUCACUGAGAACUUGUUAACUUACUGCCCCAUCUGAACACUUUGCUUUUUCUGAGACACUAGCCACAGGCAUGUCAACGGACAAUUGCUACAGUGAGACUGAGUGACUGUGGAGCUCAUGGUGGGAAAAGCAUGAACCAACAAAAACGACGUUCAGAUCUCCUACAGUUUGCUUGUUGUUUGCUGGUAGCAGCGACAGUCCAGUUAUUUAGCUGUCUCACCCCAUAUAUUUGUAUUUUCAUAAUCUCUACUUACAAAUAAAAUAGUUGUAUGAUUUCUAAAUGUUUCCCAUUUUUGUAUCAAAUUUCAAUUCAUAACAAUUUACUUGAUUAACAGUAGUACUUAUUUAUAAACACUGAAAUCAAAUAAAUUCUGCAUCUAGUGGGAAUCAAACCAGCAACCCUGUGAUUACAAGAUUAGCACACUACAAGCGAUUUAAUAACACAAGUUGAAAUGUUUUGUGCUUAAUGGUACUCAGAAAACUUCAAAGUCAAUAAUUUCAAGUGUUUUUGAUAAUUGCACUGUAUUGCUUUAGGAAAUUGAUGUCCUGGGAUUGAGCUUCAAAUCUUACAAUAAUGAAGAAAAUUGAAGGGGGCCAGUUCAUUUGAUCCCUUUGUGAAUAACCAUCAUUUUCUGAAUGUUUUUCAUUAAUCAUCCUGACGACAUGUAAAUGGUCGUUGCCUGUGCACAUACUUUUAUUUGCAUUUGCCAGCGUGCCUUGUAAUGCACACGUUACAUACUUGUACAAGGAUACAGAAUAGCUGUCUGAUAUUAACCUUUGGGAUGUGAAAUUCCAAUCACUACAGAUAAACAAAUAUACAAGUAGAAAAAAUUAUCUUAUCUUUCAGAAUUGUUAGUUGCUACCUCAUGGUGGAAAGAGAUAUACAUUGGGGAAAGGUAUAAAGGAAGGGAGGGCCAUGUAUCAAGGUGUUUUGUCGAGUUGUCAUUUCCAUUUUAUGCGUGAUGUUUCGAUUACUGACCUAGCCAUCUUCUUCAGAUGCUGCAAGUUUUGCUGUGCUGUGUAUCCAACAAACUAGUUGGAGUCCAGGCUGCAAAUCCAUUAACAGCGCAAAACCCACAGCACCUGAAGAAAAUGGCAGGGUCGGUCAUCAAAAUAUUGAGCAUAAAAUGGAAACUACAAUUUUGAAGAAUAAAGUGCACUCUUAUGGGGUAGGUCACUCAGAAUAAAGAUUUAGUGGGCCUCUCCUUUCUAGCCUUCUCCAGCCUAUUCAUUUUUUCUCCUUUAGGAUGAAACUAAUAGUUUAUGAUGUUAGGAUAGUUUUUUUUCUAUUUUUGUGUGUGGAACUUUGCAUUCUGUAAAUAAGUACUGGCCAGCCAUAAUGUUACCCUUUUCUCAACUGAAUCUUCCUCUAGAUACAUUACAUUGUUCGGCUACGUAUUACUAUCUUCUAAUGUGAUAGUUUACACACAUACCAAUUGUCACAUCAUAACUUGUCCAUUGAGCAUUGAUAAAUGAACACACACUCCAAAAUAGUUAGCGAGAUCAGGACUGAAAUUACUUGCAAGUUACAUAAACCCUCUUGUUCUCAUCUCCGACACAAUUUCAGUCUUUUCAGAAUUCUUCUGAACAGACUUUGACAUCCCAGGAGCCUACCUGGCCUGACUGCCGACAGCACUAGUUUAUAGUAGGAACUUUUUCUCCACAGAAAAAACAAAUCAUGAUCAUUACAGAAUAAUAAAACUGAUCACCUUCCUAAGAGUCAUUGACACAUUUUCUCUAGUAUUUUGGCAGAUGUUUGCAAUUUGAUUGUUGCAGUGGGUAGAUGGAGUCUGUCCAAACGCAUACUGCUCAUCAUGUCUCAUGAGACAUCCAUUGUCAAUGGAAAACGUUUGUUUAUUUCUCAUUGCAGUUGUUUUUUAUUUCUAUGCAACAUCUUUGGUAGAAUAUAAAUAAUUUAAAGAGUAAAGGUAACAACUUGCCUAACAGUUGAGGCACUUAAAUCAUCAAUCUAAAAACCAGUUUUCUUCUUUUUUUAAAUUGAAAUUUUAUGUGCCAAUUCAAGGGAAUUGUCCCACGUUAAUAUGGUGUGAUAUUUAGUAUAAUAAUAUGUAUUAAAAGGGGCAGCAAAAGAUCAAGGGUAAGUGGUACUUCAGCCACACAUGUGUAGUGCUGCUACAUGCCAGUAGUUGACAGAUCAGGUGCACAAGACAGGACAAGUGGGCAUAUGAAAGCUGAAACAUCUGGUGGUUCCAAGAAAAUAUUCUGCAAAUGAUGAUGCAUGGGGUGCGCUGUUAGCAAUGUGCCUACAUACCUUACACUCAAUGUCUAUGAUGUGGUCGAGAACAACAGACAGACACUGAAAUAUUGGCUAACAUCUGUUCGCAAAGUCUUUUCUUGCGCUAUAUGUCCCUUGUUGUCUCAAGUGCCUGCCCACACUGUGCUGUCUCUCUCUGACUGUCAUGUAGCAACACUAGCCACUCACUGCUGGAGUUAUGGUAAUGCUGCCUCAGUUAACACAUAUUGUUAAACCAAACAUUGUCCUAUGCUAAUUUAGGACACCUAAAUCAAAUGCACACAUCGCAUUCCUUUUCAAAAAACAUUUUGUUUGCAACAAGAAAGACACUGAUAUUUUCCAUUGAGACUGGGUGUUACACAAAGCAUGUUACGAGUCGUAUUUGUAUGGGGUGACUUCAUCUGCACACUAGAAAUAGCAGUUGCAACUAUUUCCCAAAAGACCAGAGACAAUCUAGCAUAUCAACACCAGGGCCGCAUAUUAUCCUCCAGUGCAGAUAACUAAAACUGAAAUGACCACUUUUAUGACUGUCCUGCAGCACUUAUGUCUCUAUGCACUGUUCAGACCCAUAUUUUGAGAACUUACAUUGUCAAAGCCAUGAGGUAGAUGUGGCCUAUGUGGUAUGUCCACAUCAUUCCGAGUUGAGGGAAGUAUGGUAAUGCAGGGUUCUCAGUGGUAUACAUGUACUGGAAAAGUACAAGGAGCAACUCGCUGAAUAGUUGAGGCACUAAGCCAUUAGUAGCUUCAUUAACAAGACUGAGAAUGUUGUCGCUAGCUUUCAGACAAAUGCUUCUUCAAAGCUACAGAGUACGCAUACACCUGAAUGGCUACAUUGUCCUGGCCAGGACAAAAUGUGUGUGUGUGUGUGUGUGUGUGUGUGUGUGUGUGUGUGUGUGUGUGUGUGUUUACAUGUACUCUUUAGUUCUGAAGAUAAGGGUGAACGUAAAUCACAUUAGACAGUCUGAUAUGGUAUUCAUGUGACAAAAAUUAAUGAGCCAUUGUGAUUGUUUGACCCAGGUUGCCUGUUUGUUGUGAUGACUACUCAGUAUUCUAUGUUCAUUUCUGUGUAUAUAGCGUUUUAAUAACAAAAAUCCAUUUGCUGUUUGAGUGCCUUUAGAAUAUUCCCAUGCAUUAAAUUGUGGCAGGUGUGGAUGAUAAGGCUCGUGUCAAUCAAGAUGAAGCAUCUGUCAUGAAUUUAUGAAUCUGAAAGCCACUGACUUAAGAUGAGGCAUGCACUUACAUGUUUGUGCAUCCUGUAGAUAUCUCAGCUGGAAAAGGAUUUUUUUAGAUAAAUAACUACAAAUUAAUUCAGGUGUGCUGUCCUUGUGAUUUUGUUUAUUUGUAAAAUAGUUUCAGUGACAUAUCAUAAGGAACUUUAUUUUAUUUUUGGAAUGCUAAACAAGUAAGUCCUUAUAAUUUUUUUUAAUGAUGUGGUGAUGUUACCGCCGUGUUAGGCAGACAAACUGUCAUGUUAGGCAGAGAUUGUUAAAUUGGACAGUGCACUUUUUAAUGCUGCCAGUGGGUUUUUCACUUUGAGUGCGUGUUUUCUGUAGGUCAUUAGUGCCUGGAUGGUCAGAUCUGCCAAACUGGUACAGACAACAGCGAGAUAACUCGGCAGCAGUAUUUUCCAUGAUUGAAUCAUUGUCACAGUUUGACUGCUCAGUUUUGAUAAUUUGUCAUUGAGUAUGAAAAAUGGGGCAGUCCAGUUUUCUUGUGAUGGCAACAAGCAUGUUACUUUUUACUUACAGACAACACGCACAGGUGGUACACAACUUGUUAUUUUCUAUUCUGUACAGUUACUAAUAAAUCAUUACAAAAGCCAUGCAGCUUAUAAUUGUUGUCCUUUAGAGUCUAAGCAAAUAGGUAAUUUUCUAUAUACCUGUUUGUGGUAUGGCUCAUAAAAUAUGCAGACUUUAAGUUUAUAACUUGUUUUGCAACAAAUAAUUUGUUUAUUCUAAUUUGUACUGUAGCAGAUAAGACUAAAUUAGUGUCAUUUAUUAUCGGACACCUAAAGUAACUUGUGCAACAGCAGGCUGAUACGGUGCUUCUAAAAUUUGAAACAUUAGUUACUUGUACAUGGGCUAGGUGAAAAGUUCUCUACCUUUGGCUAGUAUCAAUAAAAUUUUCUUUUUAUUACAUUGAUAUGAGUUGUGCAAUAAUAUAAUUUCAAGUGUCUUCCUUACCUUCAAAAUAAUUUUGUUCAGACAACUUUUUAAAAGCAAGAAGAUACUGUGUUUCCAUUCAAAUGGCUAAAUUUGGACACUGUACAGUAGUAAUAUUUUAUAUGAAGAAUUUUAAGGAGUCUGCUCCUACAUUUUCAACAUUUAGUUAAAUAGGUUGCUGGAAUUCAGUUGUGCCGUGCUUCUCAAAGACAAUCCACUUAAGGACAACACAAAACAGCAAGUACAGCCAGAUCAUCAAGCAAGUGCAUAGUAUGGUAUCAGACAGCAAUUAAAGGCAUCUGAAAUAAAUGACACCAUAAGGUAGUUUAGCAGAAAGAGUGCAGUACAUGUUACCCAAAGAAUGAAAGCUUUCUACCAGGUGUAUGUUUUUAAAAAUAAUCAAACUGAUUUUUGUGUGCUGCUCUGUCAUUUCAUGCCAGAAAUUGAGAGACAAUGAAAGCAUUUAGUAAACUGCACCAAGAAAGGCAAAAUCAAUUUCAUCUGACAUUAAAGUGACAACUAUAACAUUUAGGAAGGCAAAAGGGAAUUUUCUUUCCAAAAAGGGAAAGACAAUAACUGGUGAAUAUUAAUUCAAGUCUUCUCAACCAACAAUAUAAAAAACUGAGGAAAAGCCUUCAUUGCAAAAGCAAAAAUUAAAUUUUUUCUGUAGAAAAAUGCUUCUCUUUUGGGAUCAAUAAAAUUAACAUAUAUUAACUAUGAAUUGUUGAAAGAACAAAACUAUUCACUAAAUUUGGCAUCCUCUGACUUCCACAUAUUCUCAUAUCAAUAAAGAUGAGAGGGAUUGUCUGACCUCAAGUGGACACCCCUCGAUUUAUAAGGUACAUUUCUGAGAGUGUAAAAUAGAUUCAGCUGAAAUUGCUCUCUUUUACUCCUAGCUUAUUUUGCAGUGAGUUAGUUCUUUACCUUCCAUACCUGAUUCAGUUUUACACAGCCAGCUGGCUUGCACCUCCUUCAUUAGCAAAACAUCACCACAGACUACAGACAACACUGGUUUCCUUCAAAUCUAUUUUACAUAAAUCUCUGAAGAACAGAUUAGGACAUCCAUAUACAGUCAGAAAGUUUUCCGUACAGCAGAGUAGGAGAGCCAUUUGUCUUACACACCCUAGCUAACAAAGUUGUUGCUAACUCGGUAAGCUCUACACAUAAAGUGUACCUGGUCACUGCAGAACAUGCGUUUGGGACUUUCUGUGAUUUAUCAAGAAUCCUCUGUGACAGUAGAGAUGAAAACUGUUUGACCUGCACUGUUUCAUCACAAAGAUGUCUCAGUUUCAAUGCCACUGUCAUAGUUUACUCCUUGGUACUUUCUGUAAGCAAACUGCUAUCCCAAACCCUUUUUCUUACCAGGAUGUAGCUGUUGCUUUCACAGUCGUGAUCUCAGUGUCUGACAACAGUUUACUGAUUAUGGCAGGUAUGUGAAGCUGUCUGUUGCCUCCAUUACAUCUGUGCCUUGCACCGAGAUGCAGAUUUUUUUCUUGCUGAUCAUAAAAACAAAUUCUCUGCUGACACUGGUAGCCUAUAAAUGAGAGGCUGGAGGUGCAAUUCAGAUUUUAGUACUCUUAUAUGAGUAUUUGGAAGAUAUUCCUGAAUAACACUUCAGGAAUGAAAGCUACCGGCACAGAAAAUGUGGAACAAAGUUCACUGAGCCAAAAGGGAGCUACAUCAAAAAGUGACAAAACUGAAGAUUUGAAGUGUGGCUUGUACGAGAAUGGGGAAAAUAAAAUAAGGAACAAUGAAGUACUGAAAAUGUUAAUGAAGAAAAGAUUUCUCCUGAACCUGAUUAAGAAAAGGAAUGCAGACUGGGUGAGAGACACACUGUGAGAAAAAGGAUUUCUAACAGCAACUACCGAAGUUACAACGGAAGGACAG